AUAUUUUCUUUUUUUCGAGAGGAUUUCGCUUCCUUCCUUCACUUUUUGCAUAUUUUCCUCCUCAAAAAAAAGAAAAAAAUAAAAAAGUUUUUCCUUGAAACGAGGAAGAGAGGAGAAAAUAAUAAUAAUAAAAGUUCUUAGCUUUUGUGUAAAUAACUGAGUGAUUAAAAGGAAUCUUAGUGAAAAUCUUUCGUGAAUUGUAAAAAAUUUUGACGAUUCAAAAAUGGCAGAAGAGGAAAAUAACGUGGAAAAUGAUCAAGACAACAAGCUAGCUCUUCGUAAUCGCGGACGUAAGGGAGCUUUAAAGAAGAAGAAUGUCUACAACGUUAAGGAUCAUCGAUUCAUUCCGCGAUUCUUCAAGCAGCCAACGUUCUGUAGUCAUUGCAAAGACUUCAUUUGGGGCUUCGGCAAGCAAGGAUUCCAGUGUCAAGUUUGUUCCUUCGUCGUGCAUAAGCGAUGUCAUGAAUAUGUUACAUUCAAGUGUCCAGGUGCUGACAAAGGAGCUGAUUCCGAUGACACACGAACAAAACACAACUUUGGACCACAAACAUACGCGAGUCCCACGUUUUGUGACCACUGCGGUUCAUUGCUUUAUGGGUUAUUACAUCAAGGUUUACGUUGCCAAGUAUGUGAUAUGAAUGUACAUAAACGAUGCGAGGAGAGUGUUCCGAAUUUGUGCGGAUGUGAUCACACUGAACGUCGUGGCCGUAUUCAACUUGCCAUCAAUUGCGUUGCCAAUAAAUUAUCUAUAGAGGUUAAAGAAGGACGAAAUCUUAUUCCAAUGGAUCCAAAUGGCCUAAGCGAUCCAUAUGUUAAAGUUAAGCUGAUUCCAGAUUCCGAUGGCGUUAAAAGGAAAACAAAGACGAUAAAGGCAACACUCAAUCCAAUAUGGAAUGAAGUUCUUACCUUUGACUUGAAACCAGAAGACAAGGAUCGCCGUAUAUUAAUAGAGGUAUGGGAUUGGGAUAGAACAAGUCGUAAUGACUUUAUGGGCUCCCUAUCGUUUGGCAUAAGCGAGAUUAUAAAAAUGCCAGCAAAGGGCUGGUACAAGUUAUUAACAGCUGAAGAAGGAGAAUUUUACAAUGUUCCAGUGCCGGAUGAUAAUACUGAUUUGGCGCAAAUAAAAAUGCAAAUGCGUAAAACUUCCAUUACAAAAAAGGCACCAGUCAUAACAGAUAAGGAUGUACCUCAUAAUAUGGGUAGAAAAGACGUUAUAAGAGCAACAGAUUUUAAUUUUCUCAUGGUACUUGGUAAAGGAUCAUUUGGAAAAGUUAUGCUCGCUGAGCGUAAAGGAACGGACGAGCUUUAUGCCAUAAAAAUCCUCAAAAAGGAUAUAAUCAUACAAGAUGAUGAUGUUGAAUGUACAAUGGUUGAGAAACGCGUACUUGCUCAAUCGGGCAAGCCACCAUUCCUUGUACAGCUUCACUCAUGUUUCCAAACAAUGGAUCGCUUAUAUUUUGUCAUGGAGUAUGUAAAUGGUGGUGAUUUAAUGUUUCAAAUACAACAAUGUGGGAAAUUCAAGGAACCUGUUGCUGUAUUCUACGCUGCUGAAAUUGCCAUUGGAUUAUUCUUCUUACAUACUUGCGGUAUCAUUUACCGUGACUUGAAAUUAGACAAUGUUUUGUUGGAUCAAGAUGGACACAUUAAAAUUGCUGACUUCGGUAUGUGUAAAGAGAACAUAGCAAACGAUAAAACUACAAAAACAUUCUGUGGAACUCCUGACUACAUUGCUCCAGAAAUUAUAUUAUAUCAACCAUAUGGAAAGAGCGUAGAUUGGUGGGCAUAUGGUGUAUUGCUGUAUGAAAUGCUUGUAGGUCAACCACCAUUUGACGGUGAAGAUGAAGAAGAGCUGUUUGCAGCCAUAACAGAUCAUAAUGUGUCAUAUCCUAAGAGCUUAAGUAAAGAGGCGAAGGAUGUCUGCAAAGGGUUAUUGACAAAGAAUCCAACAAAAAGAUUAGGUUGUGGAUCAAAUGGCGAAGAUGAUGUUAGGAAUCACACCUUCUUCCGACGAAUUGAUUGGGAAAAGAUUGAGAAUCGUGAAGUGCAGCCACCAUUCAAGCCAAAAAUUAAACAUCGCAAAGACGUCUCAAACUUUGAUCGUCAGUUCACAUCAGAAAAGACAGAUCUUACGCCAACAGAUAAAUUAUUCAUGAUGAAUCUCGAUCAAACUGAAUUUAAUGGAUUCUCAUACUUAAAUCCUGAAUAUGUUCAACACAUUUAAGCUAUUUGUUGACUUAUGAAUUAGUUAUGAUUAAUGGGUUGAGAAAAACAAUCAAAAAUGAAAAAGAUAUCUUUACUUUUGACUAUUAAUAAUCAUUAAUCCAUAAUGAAUAGUUUCCUUUUUUUCUUCAUUAAGUAUUCAAGUUUAUGGUUUAAAGCAGUAUAAAUCUAUGACGAUAAAUAAUUAUUGCAAACCCAUGAU